AUGCAAUCCACCGCAACCACGUCCACUACGCGGCCUACUUCACCCUCCAAUGCAUCGAGGCGUCGGACCUCCGUAGCCGACUACAAUUCCUCCUUCGACGACCUUCCCUUGCGUGACGACGAACCACCUCAUCGCCGCGCUUCAGCCUUUCUCGAGAUCGGUUUAGGAGGCGAUGACCCUAUCGUCGAUGCAAAGCUGAAGAAAGAAUCAAGACCUAGACUCUCCGUUCGUUUUCGCAGUAAAGUCGAAGUUGUUGAACCCGAAUCGAUUGACGAUUACCCAAUAUCACGGUCGUCUCCCGUACCACAGCGAGACAUGCCGUUCUUCUUCCCAACACUGCCGAGACUUUUGUUUCUCGUGCUUGUGAUUGUCCUUCUUGCCCCGAGUCUUCAUACUUCGCCUCUCCUUCAGGUCGAUGCAAAUCCCGUCCCACCACCAACAGACCGUGUUGCAAGAACUCUCCCUCAACCUCAAAAAAGGGCCGACACAUCAACAAAUGUCUGUAAGAGGUGGUCCCAGCAGAGUGCCUUGGUCAACGGCACUCUAUACCUCUACAGCGGCCGAUCAACGACUUCCGCUGACCAGACUGCCAACACUUGGAAUUCCGAUUUUCUGACCGUCGAUCUCACAAAAUCAUGGCAAAUAUCGUCUCCUUCAUUGACUGGGUUACCCGUCCCCAGUGGCCCACCAGCUGUCUCGCUGGGAUAUCUGUGGAAUUCUUAUGACUCUCUUUACCUCUAUGGUGGCGAGUUCUCCGAUAAUCCUGUUACCUCACCCGUUCCCUUCUCGACUUGGUCAUACGACAUUGCGAGCUCCUCCUGGUCCGAAUCUAAAGAUCCUCAGACUGUUGAGGGCGUGCACUCGGAUGGGGGAAAUAAUCCUGUGCAAAGAGCUGCUGAAGGGGCAGGUGUCUCUGUCCCUAGUCUCGGUCGGGGCUUUUAUUUUGGAGGCCACCUAGAUGGUUACACCACCGAUGGAUGGUCGCAGUCAAUCCCUCGCGUUUACCUUCGUGGCCUUCUCGAAUACACAUUUCCCGGAUACGGCAAUUCUGCUGUCAAUAAUGGCGCGGUGGCUGGUUCCGAAGGCACCUAUCGAAACAUCACGGAAGGCGGCAUACAAGACUCUAGCGGAUUUCCAGAGCGUGCUGAUGGGAUACUCGUGUACAUCCCUGGCUAUGGAAAGGCAGGCAUCAUUUUGGGAUUGGCUGGGGGCACUAAUGCUUCAUUUACCCAGAUGAACGUCAUUGAUGUGUAUGACAUCGAUUCGUCAACUUGGUACAAACAGGCAACGACCGGCCCAACACCUGAAAUCCGCGUCAAUCCUUGUGCCGUCGCUCUGUCAGCUGCGGACGGCAGUUCGACGCAAGUCUACAUGUAUGGUGGUCAAAAUCUGAUUCCUGCAGGCGAACAAAAGCAAUACGAUGAUGUGUGGAUCCUGACGAUUCCAUCAUUUACCUGGAUCGAGGUUGAUACGUCCAAACAGAGUUCUCCACCUGCUCGAGCCGGCCAUACUUGCAACGUUUGGAAUAGCCAGAUGGUCGUUGUUGGUGGAUAUGUUGGACAAGAUCUAUCCUGUGACAGUCCCGGCAUCUACAUCUUCAACACGAGUUCUCUAACGUGGCAGAACAGCUAUGCUGCUCUACAAACGGACGACAAGCUGAAUAGGCAAGAAAGUCAGAAGAACGACGCGUCCGCACUCCAAGGAUCAUUUGGUUAUGCUGUUCCCAAGGCGGUACAGGAAGUGAUUGGUGGAAACGCCGUUGGAGCUGCGACUGUCACGGCGCCCGCCCAGCCGGCUUCCACUGGCCCCCUUGCGACUGGCGGGCCCAUCACAUACACCGUCACUGGGGCUGACGGAUCCGUUGCCACAGAGACAUCUACUCCAGGUGGCGGAACCAGUGGUGGCGGCCAGUCAUCUGGUGGCAAGAACGUCGGCGCCAUUGUUGCUGGUGUUCUUGCUGGCUCCUUCGCAAUCUUGGCAAUCUAUCUCGGCUUUUGCGCCUGGGUUUACCGUAGACAGCUUCAAAUCUACAAGAACCAUAAUGCCAUGGCCCAGAAUCAGGCUCUUGCGGGUGACAGCAGAUAUAUCGGCGCGGGAUUUGUUGGCGGUGGCAAAUUGAGCAAUCAGGAGAAAUCGCAGACCAGUGAUAGUCGAAACAGUGCAGACAACCGAAGUGGAAAUGGUAGCAACAUAUCGGCGACUGGAAGAGCGAACGCACUACACAGUAACAACCCAUACAGAAACGUGCCAGGCGGAGCAGGAACAGCAACAGCCGCAAGCAGCACAGAUGACCUCAUGGCUGGACAGGAGCCGAGUUUCCUUGGAGUCAUGUUGAACCCUCGUCGAAGUUUGCGAGUGGUCAACCGGGACUGA